AGCCUACCAGCCUACUGAAUACUGACUGACUUGUGGUGUGUGUCCAACGAAAAAUCUAAGUGUUAGGCAAAUCAAAACAGCAUGAUUGUACGGUCUGGUUAUGUGAGUUUGUAGGAUAACAAAUUGAUUAACUUUUUGUUUUAAAUCAUUUAAAAGAUUUUAGAAAAGGACAUGUCGUUUCUGUACUUCUGUUCAUCUGUUUGACAACAAUGUUUCAACACUGCAGCUUAUAAAACGAGUUUACAGGCAAGGGGAUGUCCAGAGAAGAUGGAUCUAGAGACAGCACAAGCCGUUGUGUUUGAGACACUACAGAGAGCCACCAGCCAGAACUCUGAAGUGCUCAAGCCUGCUGAACAGAAGCUCAAGGAAUGGGAGACGGUACCAGGAUUCUAUACUAUAUUGUUUAAUAUAUUUUCAACUCAUUCAGUAGAUGUCAAUGUGAGAUGGUUGGCUGUGCUGUACAUAAAGAAUGGCAUUGACAGAUAUUGGAGGAAAAAUGCACCCAAUGCUAUUUCCGAAGAGGAGAAAGCGACGAUCAGGCGGAAUAUUAUAACAAACUUCCGAGAACCCGUUAACCAGAUAGCAACUCAGCUUGCAGUUCUCAUCUCCAAAAUUGCAAGGUUGGACUGUCCCCGCGAAUGGGCAGAGUUAAUACCUACUCUACUGACUGCUGUCAAGAGUGAAGAUGCGCUGGAACAGCACCGUGCGCUACUGACUCUCUACCAUGUCAUCAAGGCUCUGAGCUCCAAGAGGCUCUUAGGAGAUCGACGGCUCUUCCACGAGCUGACCGCCAACGUUUACAACUUUAUCCUCAACCUAUGGGACUCACACACAUGUUUGGCUAUCAAUCAGCUACAAAGUGUUGGCCACAGUGACAGUGAGGUGACAAAGUCCUUAGAGAACGCAAUGCUGUCUCUUAGGAUUCUCACCAAAAUGACAGUACAAGGGCUGAAGAAACCGAAUGAGUUCCCUGACGCAAACACUUUCCUCAAGAUGGUCUUUGAGAGGGCAAAAACAAUGCUUAUCUGCAGGCGAUCUACAAAAGAGCCAGUGACAACGCAGGUAGAGCGUUGCAUAAUCAAGCUGACCAAGGUGUUACUGUCGCUGUUGGAGAACCACCCGCUCUCGUUUGUGGACAGUCUGCCAGAAACGCUGACGUUCACGGUGCAUUACGCUUUCACACCGGAGGGUGAACCUCUGCUAUUUGAGAGGUUUCUGAUCCAGUGCCUCAACCUGCUCAAAGGCAUCCUACUCUGUCCAGAGUAUAAGCCUGCCAAAAUUAUUGAAGAGACAAAAGAGCCAGACACUCUAAGAGCCCAUCAGAUCAAGAUAACUUUCUUUGAGACAACGAUACUGAAUGCUAUGUGUCGUAAGCUAAUCACUCAGUACUUCUUGUUGACACCUCAAGACUUGCAACAGUGGGACACUGAUCCGGAAGGCUUUGUGACAGAUGAAGGUGGUGAAUGCUGGAAAUAUAGUUUGAGGCCCUGCACAGAGACACUAUUCCUAGCAUUGUUCCAUGAGUUCCGAGAAACACUGACGCCACUGCUGCUGCAGUUAAUCACGCAGAUACAUGGACCCGUGGAUCCCCACGAUCUGCCCGCCAUCCUGGCUAAGGACGCGGUGUAUAAUGCUGUUGGCAUCGCCGCCUUCGACCUGUACGAUGAGGUAAACUUUGACGAGUGGUUCACUACAACGUUGCAAGCAGAGCUGCAGAUUAGAGCUGGCAACUAUAGAGUUGUCAGAAGAAGGGUGGCAUGGCUGCUAGGACAGUGGACGGGCGUGAAGCUGUCAUGUGAGCUGCGGCCGACGCUGUACGCUGCUAUGCUACCGUUGUUGCAGCCUCAGGAGGACAUUGCGGUCCGUCUGACUGCUUGCAGCACUAUCAAGAAUGCAGUGGACGACUUCGAGUUUAACACAGAGCAGUUCCUGGAGUACCUGGACCCACUGUUUGGGUUGCUCUUCUCGCUGCUCAAGGAAGUCCACGAGUGUGAUACAAAGAUGCACGUGCUGGGUGUUUUGUCGUUUGUAGUUGAGAGAGUGGGUGUGGCAAUUCGGCCCCACGCCAACGCUCUGGUACAGUACCUACCGUUACUGUGGCAGGAGUCUGUCGACCACAAUAUGCUCAGAUGUGCAAUUGUCUCCACACUCGUACACUUGGUCAAGGCUCUGGGUACCCUGUCGGAGAGUGCGAUGAUGUCCGAGUUCCUGCUGUUGGUUAUCCAGUUGUCCACAGACACGCAGCAGCCGAGUCAUGUGUAUCUGCUGGAGGAUGGGCUGGAACUGUGGCUAACCCUCCUGGAGAACAGCACAGCCAUGUCCCAGCCGUUGCUGCUUCUCUACAACAACAUGAAUCCACUUCUUGAAGGAUCAACUGAAAACUUGAGGACAUGUUUUUACAUUAUUCAAGCGUACAUUUUGCUAGCUCCUGACCUCUUCUUGCAGCACUAUGGCGAGGCACUGAUACGCAACUGUGUGUACCUGUUAUCGGACAUGCGUAACGAGGGCAUCAUAAUGACCAUGAGGCUGCUAGAGCUGUGUCUGCGUGCGAACCCAAGUCGGAGCAUCAUGCUGCUGGAACCUAUCCUGCCACAGGCUUUCCAGUCAGUAUCAGUAUUAUAUGAGAAUAAAGUGUUAUGUUGGCAGCACUAUGGCGAGGCACUGAUACGCAACUGUGUGUACCUGUUAUCGGACAUGCGUAACGAGGGCAUCAUAAUGACCAUGAGGCUGCUAGAGCUGUGUCUGCGUGCGAACCCAAGUCGGAGCAUCAUGCUGCUGGAACCUAUCCUGCCACAGGCUUUCCAGUCUGUGUACCAGGGCGAGGAGUACCCCAUGGUGAUGGCCAUGUACCUGUCAAUCAUAGCCAGGGUGCUGCUCAUCUCUCGGGAAACAUUUGGUCGGGGGAUGGUACACCUGGCAGACAGCCUGAGGGUGACACUGGACACUGUGACAGCCAAGAUCAUGGAUGUAUGGCUGGAGAAGAUGUCUCUAGUGACUCAGCCGGAGAGGAGCAAGCUGUUGGCACUUGCGCUCUGCUCCCUUCUCACCUCCCAGAACCAAAUUAUACUGGACAGGUUCCCGUCAAUACUGCUGUUUGUGACAGAGGUGCUGAAUGACAUCACUCGGCUCGAUGACAUUGGUGUGCACAUAGAUUCGCUGAUGUGGAGUGGUCCGGACUCGAGUCCCAACAGUCAAUACGAUGAGGUGGACUACAAGACAGAACAUGACCAGCGGCGGGAACAGCUGGCUGCUACUGACCCUGUCUAUCAGCUGGAACUGCUGAAAUACUUUCGCUCUCAGUUGCUGGAGCUUCAGAACCAGGUGGGGCCUGUGGUGUUUGCGCAUAUGGUGCAGAGGGUAGAUGGUGACACGUUACAACAGGUGCGGGAGUACGUUCCACUCUAACCGACGACCACACACCUCCGCAGUAUGCGUCCUUGUACAUUUCCAAUGUUUAUAAAAGUGACGAAAUUGUAUUUUUAAAUAUUUUACUAAACUAUUAUUUUUCAAAACGCUAUUAUUUUGUAAACCAUAUAAUGUGUUAGUGUUCCAACAUAAAUUCUUUUUUAAAUAAUACGUUAGAGCUGCAUUUAAAAACUGUUCUGGUUCAGUCAUAAUUUCUUUGUGCAAUGCAGCUCCUUGUGAGUAAUAUUUUGCAUGUUUCAUUUGGUUUAAAAAAAGUAACAUUUCACUUUUAAUUUGAGUUUAAAGUUCUUAAAGAACAUUAGUAGGCAGUGAUUAUUUUUAUUUAUAGAUAACUUAAGUUUGAACAAUAACAAAGACACCCAAAAACUCAUUACUAUCAAAGUUCAAACAUGAAGAACUGAGAUAGUAAUGGAUGAGAAUACCUGUGUUGCUUUAAGUUUUUAUGUGGGCAAAAACAACAAGUUUACGUAACAUUAGCGAUAAUGACCAAAACAUAUAAAAUUUAGUGUAUUAAAAAAACAUAUUCAUUAUAAAGUGAAAUACACAUGGUAAAUAUUCGACUUUCAGCUUUAAUAAGAUCCUCUUUAAUGAUGAUUUCUGGAAAACUAUAUUUUAUGACCGAUGACUGAGAAAAGAAAGAUAAAGAAUUGUGGUUGAACGUAACUGUUUCCAAAUGCAGCUCUGUUUAGAACUAACUAAUAAAGUAAUGAAUCCUUAAAAUUACACUCCCUAAGUACGAAGUGUGUAAAUAAAUGUGUAAUCAUUUCUGUCUGCGUAUUAACAGAAAUACAAUAAUAGUUUUGUGUAAUGCAAAAUACAAUUAAGUUCUUAAGCUUAAUAGAUGUAAUGAUAAAAUGAGAAAAUGUAAUGUUAAAAGUACAUUGUGUAUGUUAUUUAUUUUUAAAGAGUUGUUAGAUAAAUAUACAAAACAACAAAAAUGUAUGUCUCUUUGUCCUACUGCUGGUUGAUUUUUAGAAUAAAAUAAAUCCUAUAAAUUUUACCGGUACCGUACAUCUAAUGAUGGUAAUAUUUUAUUUUUUGAUGCUGUAGUUUAUUGUUACUUUUUCUUUAUUAAUUCAAUGUGUGUUUGUUGUUUGAUUUGUUCAAACAACUAUUUUUCAAACAAAAACGAAUUUAUGAAAAAAUUCCAACUAUGCGCUUUUAAAGUAAGUUGAGUUCUAGUACAGGGUGAGAAGCAGAGCUAUUUCCAACCACAAUUUAUGGUAUACCAAGAAUGUUAGGUAUGUUAUUGUGAUUAAGGUCUUGUAAAUUUAUAUUAUACUUAUCAGAAAAGGAAUGAAACUAUCAUUUAUAUAGCAGCUUGUUUGUUUCAUUUAGAAACACAAUUGGAAAGACGUUCUUACAUCACUAUUAAAAACAAAUUUUAUGUAUUGUAUGCAAUGAAAAAUAUUAAAAAAACACUGAGUUUAGUUUAAUUGCUUUUUUAUUUUGUCACAUUUGAUUUUUUUAACAAUCAUGCUAUAUUAUUUAAGACAUCAUUUCACUUCUUUAUGUUCAUCCAUUUAUACAAAAAUAUUAAAUUGUGAGGACAGUGUCAGUUACCACAUACAGUAGCAUAUAUUGUACCAUGAUUGUAUUUAUUCCUUUGUAUAAUACUAAAACCCUAGGUUAUAUCUUGGUUAGUUGGUUUAAUGGGUCUCAGAAUGUUUUAUUGUUUAUUUUAUUUAAAACUAAAACAUUAAAAUAAUAGAAAGCACAAAAAACAACUAUUUUUCGGCGUGAAAGCAUGUUUCCUUUCAGGAACAGGAUUUUCUCUUUUACUGUACUAGCAUUCUACUUUCAAUAGGAUUUUAAAAGUUAUCUCUAAUAAAUAAAUCAAGUAUUAACUGUAAAAAGGAAUGUUUGGACAGUACAAUAUUUAAAAGGCUUUCGGCCAUUUCUGCAAUAGUCCCGGCCAUCCGACCGGGGACACCAGGAAUUUAACACGCUGGUAAUAAGCCAGGAAUCUCCCUGUAAAACUGGGAAAAUCUCAAAAACAAGUUUUCCAUCUCUAAGAACUUGUGAAACUAAGAAAUAUUGUGACAGCUCCUUGAAUCAGAACCUGAUUAAUCUUUAAAAAAUGAGCUUAAAAUAGGUGGUAGCGAUGAAUUAUCACAAAAUUUCUCGCAUAUCGCUAGCUAAUAUAUUUGCUAGACCACCGCAGCUUCAUGGCAUUUCCUGUAAAUACAGCUGGUGGCGAUAAUUCGUCACCACACCACUCGGUCGUAAAGGUUAAGUAGAGUAUUAUAAUUAUUUAUGUGGUUUCAAAAUGGACUAGAAAAUCAGAAAUUUUUGACCGGGACAAAACUGGGAGUUUUGAGUAGACACCUUAUUCCAACUAUACUUCAGAUACACUGUAUUGAAUUCAAUUUAUUCUCUUUAUUAUACACUGCAAUUUGCAAUAAGAACGGAUAGAUUAAAAUUAAUUUUGGACUGUUUUAAAAAACGUUCCUGUAUAUGAUAUAGGUGUUACAACAUUGGCUCUCAGAUCGAAUUUAAUGAUAGGCUUUAAUUUAAUUUCAUUAAUAUGUUAUAUUUUAAUAGACAGAAGAAAAAAAUGUAUCUAAAAUGCA